AUGAAUCUACAGAAUGGGAGUGCCAACCGUGGUCUACACGGCAAGGAUACAGCCAAGCGGUUCUCGAUACACGAUGCAUUCGAAGAGGAAACGGACGAAGUAAUUAAGGUGUAUGGCUCGACCGUCAUCAGCACACCGAUGCGGGCGAAGGCUCGAUCACCGGACGAUGUGUCCAUCAGAAUACACGACCAAAGCAAUCGAGCCCAUCUAAAAUACACCGAUGAUACCACCUCCAGGGACAGUGAUUCGCUGAUACAGGAGUAUGGACACCUGUCGUCAAGUGAAUCGUACACCUACUGUUGGCGACACCCGAAGGUGAGGGAAAACUGGCGUACCGUACUGGCCGCGAUCGCACUCUUGAUCAUCGGUACCGGGCUGAUAGCAAUGGGUGCGUACGCACUGGUGGAACCACACAACGGAUCGCAGGCAGCAGUAUUUUUCGUCGCCGGAUUCAUCUGCUUUGUGCCGGGUGCGUACCACGUCGUGUACAUAUGGUUAGCGGCUCGCGGCUAUCGAGGAUUCGACUUUUAUCACUUACCACUCUUCACGUAA